UUUAAUUUUCCCAAAGUCUCGUGACGAUUGAGAACAAUUGACCACCGGAUCACCGAAAUGGGACGGCUGCGUCGCCAUUUACAAACAGCAGAGCAGACAAAGGAUCUGAUAAUAUUCGAUCACAACCCAAAUGCCAAACCAACCCAAAGUUACCAUCACAUUUCCACACUCCCAGAAGAACUGAAAAGGAAAAAGAAAACUCAUCCUAUCAAAGCAAAAAGGGAAUUAAGCAACAAAUUCUCACAAAGUGUUUGGUUGGUAAUUCAAACCAUAAAUUGUUCCUGUUGCGGCUCUGAUCUCAUCAUCCAACUUGUCUGAGUUGCUUGUGUUGUAAAACAGCAAGUUAACACUACUCCUGUGAGAGACAUGGCUGAGGUAAAUCCUGUGGAGGGCGAUGUGGUCAAGGAGCAGGGCACGACAGUAACAAACGAGCACGCAGCAGUGGAGGAUUCUGAAAACACCCAGCAAGAUACGAGCAAGAACAAGGAGGAUGGCACCAAAACAGUACCAUAUUACAAGCUUUUCUCCUUUGCUGAUUCCUUGGAUUACAUGCUAAUGUCUGUUGGUGUAAUCAGCGCCGUUGGAAACGGGCUCUGUAUGCCUCUAAUGACUGUAAUCAUGGGAGAUAUCAUUGAUUCUUUUGGAGGAACUGAGAAUACCAAAGAUGUUGUGGAUGUUGUUUCUAAGGUAGCUCUAAAGUAUGUUUACUUGGCUGUGGGAGCUGGUGCUGCUGCAUUUCUGCAGAUGUCUUGCUGGAUGAUCACCGGAGAGAGACAGGCUGCACGAAUAAGAGGUCUAUACUUGAAAACAAUAUUAAGGCAAGAUGUUGGUUUUUUCGAUAAAGAAGCGAACACUGGGGAAAUUAUUGGCAGGAUGUCUGGUGAUACUGUGUUCAUUCAAGAGGCCAUGGGCGAGAAGGUAGGAAGGUUCAUCCAAUUAAUUGCCACAUCCAUUGGAGGCUUCAUAAUAGCAUUUAUUAAGGGAUGGCUUCUCACCCUUGUCAUGCUAUCAUCUCUUCCCCUUCUUGUCCUCUCAGGUGCUGUCAUGGGCAUCAAUUUAUCGAAGAUGGCAUCCCGUGGGCAAACUGCUUAUUCACUGGCAUCAACUGUGGUAGAGCAGACAGUUGGUUCAAUCAGAACUGUUGUAUCAUUUACAGGAGAGAAACAGGCGAUAGCUAAUUACAACAACUCCUUAAUAAAAGCUUACAAGUCGGGUGUGCACGAGGGUUUGGCUUCUGGUUUUGGGAUUGGUGUUAUUCUGUUUAUUAUAAUGUCUAGUUAUGGUUUCGCUAUAUGGUUUGGCGGAAAGAUGAUAGUUGAAAAAGGAUAUACUGGAGGAGAAGUAAUCAAUGUAAUUUUCGCUGCGUUGACUGCCUCCAUGUCUCUUGGGCAGGCUUCUCCAUGCCUCAGUGCAUUUGCUGCUGGAAAAGCCGCAGCUUAUAAAAUGUUUGAGACGAUUAACAGAAAGCCGGAGAUAGAUUCUUAUGACACUAAUGGGCAGCAGUUACAAGACAUCCGUGGAGACAUAGAACUGAGGGAUGUUUAUUUCAGUUAUCCUGCAAGACCAGAUGAACAAAUAUUCCAUGGAUUUUCUCUCUCAAUACCUAGCGGUGCAACUGCUGCUUUGGUUGGGCAGAGCGGAAGUGGUAAAUCAACUGUGAUCAGUUUGAUUGAGAGGUUUUAUGAUCCCUUAGCUGGGGAAGUUCUUAUUGAUGGUAUUAAUCUCAAAGAGUUCCAGCUGAAAUGGAUCCGACAGAAAAUAGGUCUUGUCAGCCAGGAACCCGUGUUGUUUACUUCUAGCAUCAAAGAUAACAUUGCUUAUGGGAAGGACGGUGCAACUAACGAUGAAAUAAGGGCUGCUAUAGAGCUUGCUAAUGCUGCUAAAUUCAUAGACAAACUGCCACAGGGACUAGACACAAUGGUUGGUGAACAUGGAACUCAGCUGUCUGGGGGCCAAAAGCAAAGAGUUGCUAUAGCUAGAGCAAUCCUGAAAGAGCCAAGAAUUCUACUUUUAGACGAAGCCACAAGUGCCCUCGAUGCAGAAUCUGAGAGAGUUGUGCAGGAGGCAUUGGACAGAAUUAUGAUUAAUCGCACCACUGUCAUUGUAGCCCAUCGUUUGAGUACAGUAAGGAAUGCUGACACCAUUGCUGUUAUACAUAGAGGGGCAAUCGUCGAAAAAGGUCGACAUUCGGAGCUAAUUAAGGACCCUGAAGGAGCAUAUAGCCAGCUUAUAAGGUUGCAAGAAAUGAGCAGUGUGUCAGAACAGACGACUGUGAAUGAUCAUGAUAGGCCAGAAAUUAGUAGUGUGGAUUCUCGGAGACAUUCAAGUCAAAGAUUUUCACUCUUACGAUCCAUAAGCCAGGGAUCAUCUGGAAGAGGAAACAGUAGUCGUCAUUCCUUCUCAAUCUCAUUUGGUAUGCCCACUGCAAUAGGUGUCCUUGACGCAGCACCUGCAGAAUCUGAUAUUCUUGCUUCAAAAUCAUCAAGAGUACCUCCAGAAGUCUCACUUCGCCGCCUAGCUUACCUGAACAAGCCAGAGAUCCCAGUGUUGUUCCUAGGUACAAUAGCUGCAGCAGCCAAUGGGGUAGUCUUACCUAUUUUUGGGUUAUUGUUAUCCAGUGUAAUAAAGACCUUCUUUGAGCCACCUCAAGAACUCCGGAAGCAUUCAAAGUUUUGGGCAUUAAUCUUUAUUGUUCUUGGAGUGGGAUCUUUAAUAGCACUUCCAGCAAGUCACUACUUUUUUUCUGUGGCUGGAUUUAAAUUAAUAAAACGAGUCCGAUCUAUGUGCUUUGAGAAGGUAGUUUACAUGGAAGUAAGUUGGUUUGACGACCCUGAGCACUCAAGUGGUGCAAUUGGCGCAAGGCUUUCUGCAGAUGCAGCUUCUCUGAGGGGGCUGCUUGGAGAUGCUCUUGGUUUGCUUGUUCAGAAUUUAGCAACUGCAAUUGCUGGUUUGUUGAUUGCUUUUGUGGCAAAUUGGCAACUUGCACUUAUAAUUCUUGUUUUGCUGCCUCUGUUAGGAGUAAAUGGUUAUUUUCACGUCAAGUUCAUGAAAGGAUUCAGUGCAGAUGCGAAGAAAAUGUACGAGGAGGCAAGUCAAGUAGCGAAUGAUGCUGUAGGGAGUAUUAGAACAAUUGCUUCCUUUUGUGCCGAAGAGAAGGUGAUUGAAUUGUACCAGAAAAAAUGUGAAGGCCCUAUUAAGACAGGGAUUAGGCAAGGGUUAAUCAGUGGAAUAGGAUUUGGUCUAUCCUUCUUUUUUCUGUUUUCUGUGUACGCCACUAGUUUUUACGCCGGAGCCCGACUUGUUUCAGCUGGAAAGACAACAUUCGCUGAUGUUUUCCGGGUUUUCUUUGCUCUUACUAUGACAGCUGUUGGAGUGUCUCAGUCGGGCUCCCUAGCUACUGAUGUAAGUAAAGCAAAGAGCUCUGCUGCUUCUAUAUUUGCAAUUAUCGAUCGAAAAUCAAAAAUAGACUCCAGUGAUGAUUCUGGAACAAUGAUAGAAAAUGUGAAAGGCGAAAUUGAAUUCCGCCAUGUCAGCUUCAAGUAUCCAACUCGACCUGACGUGCCAAUCUUCCAGGACCUUUGCUUGACCAUUCGUCGUGGCAAGACAGUUGCUCUGGUUGGAGAAAGUGGAAGUGGGAAAUCGACAGUCGUCUCAUUGUUGCAGAGAUUUUAUGACCCUGAUUCAGGUCACAUUACACUAGAUGGAAUUGAAAUCCAAAAGCUACAGUUGAAGUGGUUGAGGCAGCAAAUGGGGCUGGUGAGCCAGGAGCCUGUGUUAUUUAAUGAAACCAUCCGAGCCAACAUUGCAUAUGGAAAGGAAGGGGAUGUAACAGAAUCUGAAAUUAUAGCUGCAGCAGAAUUGGCAAACGCUCACAAGUUCAUCAGUAGUUUACAACAGGGUUACGAUACAAUCGUAGGAGAGCGGGGGGUUCAGCUGUCUGGCGGACAGAAGCAAAGGGUGGCAAUUGCAAGAGCUAUAAUGAAGGCACCAAAGAUUUUACUACUAGAUGAAGCCACAAGUGCGCUCGACGCUGAAUCCGAACGAGUUGUUCAAGACGCACUGGAUCGCGUCAUGGUGGAUCGAACCACGGUGGUGGUUGCUCAUCGGUUAUCAACGAUUAAGAGUGCAGAUUUAAUAGCAGUGGUGAAAAAUGGAGUGAUUGCAGAGAAAGGAACGCAUGAAACUUUGAUCAACGUCGACGAUGGCAUUUAUGCUUCUUUGGUUGCUUUGCAUGCAAGUGCCUCAUCUUAGAGAUCUACAUUUCGGUAAUUCUUCCGAGUACUUCAGUCGAAUAGGAAAUCCAAGGAAUAAGUAUGUAAUAUAUAAGGGUAAUGUUAAGGAGACUAUCUAUUUAAACGAAAUUUUAUAAAUUAUAUAACAUGGUUGUGCGUUGGAUUAUGACUUAAGUAUUGAUUAACGUA